AUGGCGCAACAAGGUCCGGUGAAUGUCCCAGGGGCGGCACCUCGCCGCAUUGUGGAGGGGGUGCUCGUGCAGAGGCGUGCGGAGGUGCAAGUUCCGCCGCUGGCAGCGCUCUGCGAGCGACCCCUGCCAUAUCCGAAGCAGAAGCUGAUCGUUCCGGGAAAAGAUGCCAAGCCUUCAAGCCCCAGCAGCCCUGCGAAAUCCGAUGUGCCUCCGGACCGUGACAUCAUGGAUGCCUUCAUAGAGGAGAUGAACUUCGCACCCAAGCAGAAGUUGCUGGAGGUACCAGGAAGUGGCAAAGAAGCUCGCUCUGCAAGCCCAGGCAGCCCAGGCAGUGGGGAUGGUGAGGAGGAGGACCUGCCCGAAAGCCUGAGCAGCAGCCGGGCUUCCUCGGCAGAGCCGAGCAAGCAGAGGGCCAAGCAACAGCUCGCUGAGCUUCUGGACAUUUGGCGUGUCAGGCGCCACUCCACCGAGCCUCUCAUGGAGGAAGAGAGGCAGCGCAUUGAGAGGGUCCUCUUUGAGACUAUGCCCCCGGACCGGGUGAGCAUUGUGGAGAUUCGCCGUGUGGUGAAGCCUGGGCUGCUUCGCAGGUUCUGCGAAGAGGAACGAGAAUCCCUGAUGAAGCAGGCCAACCAGCAGAAGACCCACAAGCAGUUCAUGCUCUUGCACGGCACGCGCUGGGACUACGCUCCGCUGAUACUGGAAAACGGCCUGGACCCAACAUGCGGCCAUCUCACAAAGGGGACGUGGCUUGGAGGAAUCGCAGAAAAGGCACAUUCCUACGCAGCCAAAGGACCUGGCCCAGAAGUUGAGGGUGAUGGCCCGGCAGGCUACCGCCUCUUCACCUUGUUCGUGGUAGCCGCUGUACCAGACAUCAGUGACGGUGAUGACGAGAGGUCGUUUGGUGUAUGGCGAGUCCAAUCUGGUCGCCGGUUGUACACGGCCUACCAGGUCAUCUACUCCGCACCAAUGGACUUGCGCAGGAAAGCGCCUUUGAUCGUUCCGCGACCCAAUAAGGCGGUGCUCCUUCGCAAGCAGAGCUAUGACAAGAUUGAGACAAGCCCUGUGCCAACAAGCCGAACUGGUCGUUGUCGGAGUGCGAGCCCCCCAAGACGCUCGACCUCUCCUGAAGUGCCUCCAGCGCUUCCGCUGGACUUGCCCCCGAAGGUGGCGACCACCGCAAAGGAGGCGGAUUUUGCCGCCAGCAGUUGGCCGCUGGACGGCAUGCGUUUGGGUGGCCUGCGCCCCUGCACUUCCCCUGCCCUCAAGGUGCAUCAGCCGGCGCCCGAUCCUCGGGCGGUCUACCGCCGCACCUCAGCCCCGAAGCUGGUGGAAGCGACAGGUCCGAGUACUUUGGGCAGCAAGGGAGUGACAGAGCACCGGGCCACACCAAGCCCAGCCUCUCGAAGCCCAAGCACGCAAUCGCCGAGCCCAAGGCCUUCUCGCACUUCUCCUGCCCUGAAGGUCCGACAGCCAGAGAGGCCACCUCCAAGCCCACGCACCCAGGCACGACCGGUGGUCGAAGUCCCUCUACCAACAGCCAAAUGGGAGGUUCUGUUGGAUGAUGGAUGGGUCCCUUUCCUUCCCGGAGCCCGAUUCAAAGAUGAUGCAGGCACGAAGGUGAGCAUUUGUCACGGCCAGUUCUGGUACACACUCACCUUCGAUGCCAACGGCACUACAGGGAAGCAGGCAAACCAGCGCACCGGUAAAGUUCGUCAACUUCGCAGGGUGCCCGAGCCUGGGGCCAGCAUAUCAAACGAAGAGACUGCAGCGACCACCGAGCAGAAUGCUCCAGAGUCUGAGCUAAAGCCGGCAGUGGCGGCAGGUGGCUGGGGAUUCCCCAGCUUGCUGAGUUCUAACUCUCCUGUUAAACAGGCGGUUUAG